AUGGGUCGACAUGGUUUACACGCUGUUCAUUCUGACGCUUGGGAGAAACACCAUGAACUGCCUGUGCAUGGUAUUCGUUCAAAUCACCAAAUGUCCCGUUUGAUCACAAAAUUACGUACAUUACAAUCACCGAAUGAACGUCUUCAGCAAUUAGUUUAUGAAAUGAAAAUUUCAGUUCAGCUGUUUAGUGGUGAACAACUUCUUCAACUGGCACCUUAUUUUCGUGAAAUAGAAUUAAUUCUUGCUCUUCACUUAUUUGACCAUCAUUUAUUCGGAUUAAAAUGUGAACAAGCUCAACGUCUGUUACAAAUGAUUGUCAAUUAUGAACAACGUUUAGAAGCACUAGAAGUGAUUCAAGAAUAUAUAAUCGAUCCGAUAAAUCGUUCAAGAUUACAACAACUAUUUCCGUCAUAUUUACUCCCUCAAGUUAAUGAAUGUUUGACCAAUAUACGUGGUCAAUCACAUGUUUAUGGUUCCAUCCGUAGUCAACGUGUGAUUUUCCUUAUAGAUACAAGUGGAAGUAUGAGUACAGAGUUUUAUACCAAUUGUGGUGAAAUGUUUAAUCGAUUAGAAUUUAUUGUUCAUGAUAUGCACAAAAUUCUACAUCAUCGUGCAUCAUUAAAUAUGAAAUUUAAUUUAAUUUGUUUUGGUACACAUGUCCAUAAAUGGAAGACUCAUUUAACAUCGGCCAAUAUUCAUCAUUUGAAACAAGCUGAACAUUUUUUAGAUCAUUUAGAAGCACACGGACAAACCAAUACACACGAUGCACUACGUCAAGCAAUAUUGGAUGACAGAGAAGUGGAUACAAUAUAUUUAUUAUCCGACGGUGAGCCCACAACAGACAUGCGAACAAUUUUAUUGGAUUUACGACAAUGGUUAGAGCAACAUCCUGUGACAAUACAUACCGUUGCAUUUCUGAUGGGACAUGAUCGUGAUGAUCCCAAACCACGACAAUUCAUGGCUGAUAUUGCUUCAAUUAGCGGUGGUGUUUUUCGAUGUCUAGACCCUUAUACACUUUCGAAUCAGGAAUUCAACAGCACUCGAGAGACAUACGAUGAGAAUCCAAAUUUUCAAGAUGAUGGAUUUGUUCGAUUUUUUCGUCAAAAAUUAAAAGAUGUUCCAUCAAAUUUACUAGAAAAUAUUGAUCUUAAUCAAAUAGAUUUACUUAUAGAUCUUCCUCAUCCAACUCCACCUGAUUUCAGUACACAGCUAAAAUCUCGAUCUCGACCUGCAACGGAAAUCUCCAUUCUUUCAUUUCAUAUCGAUUCCCAUAACCAUUAUACAUUUGACAUUCAUUUACACCUUCAACAAAUUAUCAACUGUCAAUGGACAGUCAGUCGUACGUAUAAAGAAUUUAAAUAUUUACAUCAGCAGUUAGAACGACGAAUAGGUUCGAUUAAUUUACCCCAGUUACCACAUGAUAGUCAUCUUCAUCUCGGAAAACAAUGUGGACAAUUCAUGGAAGAACGCCGAAAAGAAUUGGAUACGUAUAUUAAACAAUUAUAUGUUUAUGUAUCACCGCAUGAUUAUCCCGAGUUUGAUCUUUUUCUUUUAAUGGAAUUACAUACGAAUCAGAUUAUCCAACAGAAACAAAUUGAAUGGAUGACACAACACCAAAAUACUCUACCAUUAGCACCAUAUGAGUCAAUACCGCCGCCUUAUGAAACAUUAUAUUAG